ACUGGCGAACGUCAUCAUAAUAUUGUUCCAUUUACAUUCGCUAAAUUACGGCAAAAAUUAACAAAUAAAAAUACUUGUAUGGAUUAUAGUCGCUGCAAAAUAUGAUUAAAACAAGCGGACAACACGUUAAAAUGUAAACAAAUCAGCCAAGAACGAGAAGAAGCUAGACGAAAUUAAAAAACAAAUAUUGACAUAACACGUCAACGUUUGCGGCGACAAAAUUUGGCUAAAAACAAAUAAAAACAAUAAAUAAAUAAAAAAUAAAAUUGAAAAAAAUGUGGUUAUGGCCACAGCGCAGCACAAUUUAACACAAACAACGGACUACGAUGCGAAGCUGGAACGCAAGCAAUCGCUUCCAUCGUACACGAAUUCGAAUGCGAAUGCGAAUGGCACAUCCGCAGCCACAUCCGCAACAACAUCCGCAACAGCAAGCUGGCAAUCGUGUUACUACUGCACACGGGAACACUUCAAGACUAUCGCCGACUUUGUCAAUCACCUGCGGAGUCGCCACUGCACACGGGAGGGUGGCUCCUUUGUGUGCCGCUAUGGCUUCAAUGGUGUGUGCGCCUCAUUGCCGCUGGACGGUGUCUCGGAUCGGGAUUACGAUGCGCAUGUGUCCAAAUAUCAUGUGAAUCAGCUGACGCGUGAAUCACCGCCAGAAUGGGGCGUCUACUCGUCGGCCCAGAAUCUGCCGGCCGUGCUCAAUGAUCCGCAGCGUGGCAAACAGAGCAAUCUCUUCACCAAGAAAUGGGGCGAACAAUUCGUCGAGCGCAGCCAAAUUCCGCAGAGUUCGCGACUGCCGGAUAUAACGCAUGCUGAUUUCACGGUGUAUUUGGGCAGCAUUGGGAAACGCUAUCGCUGGCAUGAGCGACGCCAACAGCAGCAGCAGCAACUGGAGCAGGAUCAGCAAUUGACAGCGACGACGCCAACACAGCAGCAGCAGCAGCACAAUUUGGCUGACGUGCCGGUGCCGGAGAUCUUUCUGAAAUCGCAACUGCAACUGCAUCAUGCGGCGACCUUUGCCAAAGUCUUUCCCAACUAUAUGCAAUCGUCGGAAAGCUCCAGUUGCACAGUGGAACUUCAGCAGAGGGGGCGACACCUGCAGGAGCAACUCUCACAUUAUUUGGACAUUGUUGAGGUGCGCAUUGCGCAGCAAGUGGCACAGAAAUCGGCGGCAUUCUUUCAUGCGAUGACCACACAGCAUGCGAUACUCGCCGAAAUGCAGCUAGCCGCCGAGCAAGUGCAUCAGUUGCGCGCCUCCCUCGCCCAGUUGCAUGGCAGCGCCGUUGUCGAUAGCUUUCGGGUGAUGCGCUAUGCGCAACGCCGCCAGCAUUGCUAUGCGACGCUGGACAAAUUGCGACUGAUGGCCACAGUGCACAAGACGCAACCGAUGCUACAAUUGCUCCUGGGCACACAGGAUUAUGUGGCAGCCUUAGAUUUGAUAAGCACCACGCAGGAGAUACUCGCUGCGGAGCUGCUGGGCGUGCACUGUUUCAAGCAUCUGCCCAUGCAGCUGGGCGAAAUGGAGAAACUCAUCGAUAAGAUGCUCACCACGGAAUUUGAACGCUAUGCGGCAACGGAUCUGAAUCGACCCCUCACCGAUGCCGAACUGGAGACGGACAGCGUCUGUGCCGAGGAGGACAAACUGGUGGCCAUUGUGAUGGGUCUGUUGCGCAAACAGAACUUCAGUUUCGUGCAGAGCUAUCAGCAGGAGGCGAUUGCCACCAUUCGAGCGAUCAUCAAACAGUUGCUCAUCGAGCUGCUCGAGCGCGGAGAUCGGGAGCUUUGUUUGACCGGGGCCGGUGAGCAAUCGCUCGACUUGACCCUCAACGAAUGGCUAACGAUGCUGCAGCGUGCCAGUCAUGCGCUCCACGGCAUCCUCGAGCGCAUCCGGGCCGUUGUCUCGAUCAUGCAACAGACAGCGGAUGCAGCAGCCGGUGGCAGUAGUCCGCAGCAUGCUGUCAACCUAAUCGAUUCGGAGGCAUUCCUCAGUGCUACACAUCAUGAGCAGCUCAGUGGUCAGUUGCAGCAACUGCUGCAGGCCGUCUGUCACUAUUGCCACGAGCGUUGUGCGAACAUUGUCUCGCCACAGAGCCUGGAACGUUGCGCCGCCAGCGAGGAGGAACUGUUGCAAUUAUCGCAACUGGUACGCGAUUUUAGUGUUGCCACACAGAAUAUUUGCGGGGCGGUCAGUGUGCCGCUGGAGCUGGCACUCAAGGUGCAAGCGUCGCGUUACGCUCAACGCUUCCAUGCCGAGCGCAAACAGAAGCUGGCCCUGCUGUUGGAUCAGGAGCGUUGGCGGCAAGUGGACAUACCGCAUGCAUUCCAGCGCAUCAUCGAACGCAUGGCCGAUGGCGACUUUGAGAAGCAGCCCAUCUCCACCAUCGAUAGUCACAAUCUGGCAAAUGUUAAUGGCAUUGGCAAUCCCGUGCUGCUUGUCGAGGGCAAACAGCCAUUUGCUUUGGUCAGCGUCGCAUUGCUCCUCAUCCAGAUGCUGUACGAGUAUGGGGCGAGUGCGCAACGCUUGCCACUCCUCGCCACCUAUCAUGCGCGGAAUGUGAUCGAUUUGUUGCGCUGCUUCAAUUCGCGCAGCUGCCAACUGAUCAUUGGCGCUGGGGCGAUGCGUGUCGCCGGCCUGAAGACGAUAACUAGCACGAAUCUGGCGCUGGUGUCGCGUGCCCUGCAAUUGGUUCUGUAUUUGCUGCCCCGGCUGCGAGCACAUUUCGAGAGCAUGAGCGGGUAUGAGGCCAUCGAACGGGACUAUCAGGGUCACAUUAAGGAGAUUGAGCACAAGAUUCACGGCAUCGUCUCGGAGCGCAUUGUGGCGCAGUUGGAGGCAUGGGAUGCCCGUCCGCCGAUACCAUCGCAAACAUUCCGGCACAUUUCGCGGCAUUUGGUUAAGCUGCACGAGGCGAUCGCUGGUGUGCUGCCCGAGACGCAAAUCCAUGAGAUCUAUGGGGUGGUGCAUAGCAACUUCAAGGAUAAGCUGCGGGAACAGCUGCUCAAGCUCAAUAUCUAUAAUAAUGGUGGGCCCCAGCAUGGCGUGGUCACCUCCGAGCUGACCUUCUACAUGGAAACGUUGCGCACGCUGAAGGCUCUGCCAGCGGCACAAUUGGACAAUGGCAUCCUCGAGCACAUCUGGCUCUAUUGAGCGCGGUAUUUAAUUCCAUAGUUUUUCUUUUGCUGCUCGAUUUACAAAAUCCUGCAAUAGCAAUGCAAUUUGUUUUUUAUUCCCCUCCACUUCCAUUUGUCGUGAUUUUUGUUGGUUUUAUUAUUAUUUAUUUAAGCAUAUCAUUUUGUAUAUUUAACCAGUUAUGACAUUUUGUACUUUUGCAGCUGUAGAUUAUAUAUGUAUAUGAUGUAUCUUUUGUUCAUUCUCAGUCCGUUGCACUUGAAGACUAAACGAACUAAGCAAAACAAAAAAAAAACAGUCGACAAAUCGCCUUUGAAUUAUAUAUAAAUAUACAUACAUAUAACUAUUCAAAUACAAAUCGCAUUACACUGGCAUAAAACAUAA